UGGGUUUGGAGUGGAAACAAAAAAUAAUUGACGUCCAGGGAGUUGUUGCCGAAUGUUGGAAAUAGCCUCGGUCUUAUCCUAUUUUCGGAAGCCUGCUCGCAGUGCCUCUACUGCUCAAGCUUAGUAGCAGUCGACGGCCACAAAUUUCAGAGUUCACGGAGAACAAGUAAAUUUUCCCCGCCGUAAUGGGGCUUUAGAUCAUUACGCUAAUUGGUAAUAACAGCUCGCUCGCUAGCUAAGAUGAAGGCACAGCGCCUGUGGAAUGAACGACACUUGCGCGACGACAAAUCACCGCGCACUAUCUAUGCUCUAACGUUCAGUCCGAAUGGAGAGCGUCUGGUAUGUGCCGCCGGGGCCAGAGUACUGGUGUAUGAAGCUACGAAGGGCGCUCUAGUUGCCAACUUGCAAGCCCAUCGUGAUGAAGUCUAUGCCUUGUCAUACUCUAAAGAUGGCCGUUUUUUUGCAUCUGCCGGCAAGGACAAGCAAGUGAUUUGCUGGUCGUCGGUGACAUUGGAUGGCAAGUUGCGCUAUAACCACCCUGACUCGCUUCAAGCAGUGGAGUUCAAUCCCCAAACUGGACAGCUGGCGUCAUGCAGCUGCACCGACCUCGCAUUGGUCCAGGUUGAAGCGAGUGGCCUUUCCCGGCACAAGGUUCCAAGCAGAGUCUUAACCUGCAGUUGGACCAGCGACGGGCAGUACUUGGCACUGGGUCAUCAAAACGGACUGAUCAGCAUACGCAACAAGGUUGGUGACGAGAAGGUGAAAAUCGAGCGUCCGGGCAACAGCCCAGUGUGGUCUUUAUCCUGGCAUCCAACACGUGACCACAUCGUAGCUGGCGACUGGGGACAAAGGAUCUCAUUCUACGCUCUGAAUGGCUCUUCGGCUGGCAGAGAACGCAAGCUGGACUAUGAUCCGACGUGUGUUUCCUACUUUCUCAACGGAGAGUACAUGUUAGUGGGAGGCUGCAACAGAAAGGCAUCAGUCCAUGCCAAGGAUGGCACAAUGCUGACUACGAUCACGGAGCAACCAGCCUGGGUGUGGUGCUGUAAACAGCAACCAGGCACACACAAUCUGGCUGUCGGAUGUCAGGAUGGCUCAAUCUCAUUAUUCGGUCUCCAGUUUGCUACAGUGCACAGCCUGUACAAAGACAGGUAUGCACAUCGUGAAUCCAUGACGGAUGUCAUUGUUCAGCACCUUCCAACCGACCAGAAGACACGUAUCAGAUGCAAGGAACUUGUCAAGCGGCUGUCAGUGUAUCGGAACAGACUAGCGAUUCAACUGCCCUCCUCUAUUCUAGUCUAUGAGCUGAAAGGUGACAUGAACGAGAUCCAGUACAAGCUGAAGGACCGUGUGAAUCUGCAGUCUGAUUGUAACUUGCUGGUGGUCUGUGCUGAGCACAUUAUCCUCUGCUACGAGAGACGGCUUCAGAGUUAUGACAUCAGCAAGGGCCAGAAAGUCAGGGAGUGGGCCGUGGACUCGUUCAUCCGCUACAUCAAGGUCAUCGGUGGCCCUGCUGGAGCUGAAGGGCUACUCUGUGGGCUGAGAAGCGGCGAAGUGGUCAAGAUUUACCUGGACAAUCCGUUUGUGAUCAGUGUCAUGAAGAUGAAGAAUGCAAUCCGAUGUCUGGAUAUCAAUGCUAACCACACCAAGGUAGCUGUGGUGGAUGAAAGCAAUCUCCUGCAAGUCUACAAUCUCUCAGACAACAAGCUGCUCUUCCAGGAGCCGGGUGCCGCCAGUGUGUCAUGGAAUACCCAGAACGAAGAUAUGCUUUGCUACUCUGGCAAUGGGGUGUUGCUCAUCAAAACGGCCAACUUCCCACCACAUCAACAGAAGCUGCAGGGCUACGUGGUUGGGUUCAGUGGCUCCAAGGUGUUCUGCUUACAGGGAGCAUCAAUCAGUUCUGUUGAUGUGCCACAGUCAGCCUCUCUGUAUCAGUUUCUGGAGAAGAAAAUGUACAAGGAAGCGUACGGUGUGGCCUGCCUUGGUGUGACAACCAACGACUGGAGAGCUCUGGCUGGCGAAGCGCUGGAGGGUCUGGACUUCACAACAGCAAGAAAGGCAUAUGUGCGCGUCCGAGACCUGAAGUUUUUGGAGCUUCUAACCGACAUUGAGGAGAGACAGAAACGCGGAGAGAAUAACAAUGAUGUAUUCCUUGGUGACAUUUACGCCUACCAGGGCCGGUUUGCUGAAGCAUCCCAUCAGUAUGAAAUGGCCGGGGAAGUGGACAAGGCGGUGGAGAUGUAUACUGAUCUGAGAAUGUUUGACAAGGCAAAGGACGUUGUGAAGAGGAACGGCAAGAAGAGUGUGCUGAAUCGCGUGCAACGUCAGGAGGCUGAGUGGUUUAAGACUAUUGACGAUCCAAGAGCAGCUUGUGAUAUGUACGUUGCUGUAGGUGAGUACAAGAACGCUAUCAACAUCAUGGCCCGGCAGAACUGGAUUGACCAGUUGGUACAGCUGGUGAGACAGCUACCGGCAGAGAAGGCUGAUGAGCUGCGUCUCGCUGCGAAGGUGUUCAUGGAAGCUGAAGAUCAGGCCUGGGAGAGUGCAAUCGAGGUGUAUCGCAAGCUGGACGACGUUGAGGCACAGGUUAAGACCUAUAUUGCAGUACAGCACUGGGAUACUGUCUUGGAAAUCUGCGAAGAUCACCCAGAGAUGAAGGAGAAAAUCUACUUACCGUAUGCCAACUGGUUGGCGGAGCACAAUCGCUUUGAGGAGGCACAGCGAGCCUUCCGUCAAGCCGGCCGUGACAAGGAGGCUGUGCGAGUGUUAUGUCAGCUCAUUGACAAUGCCAUCAGUGAAACACGGUUUGGUGAUGCUGGCUACUACAACUUGCUGUUAGCCGUGCAACAUCGUGAUACCGCCGGUGAAGAAGACACAACUGAAGAUGAACGUCAGCAGCUGCUGGACAGGUUCCUAGCAUGUAGGAGAAACGCCGAACUUUACUAUGUGUAUGACAAGAUCUAUAGCUACAUGAAAGAGCCCGUAACGAAGCACACGCAGCAGACGUUGCUCAACAUGUGCCGUUUCAUGUUGCUGGAAAGUGACCGCCUGCCUCGCGGCAUCCUCAAAGGCAUCAUCUUUUACACCAUGGCCAAGCAGUGCCGGGAUCUGGGUGGAUUUCGAGCGGCAUGCUUCUGUUAUGAACAGUUACAGAGGUGUGUUCUGCCACGCGAAUAUCAGAAAAUCGUUGAAAGGGACAGCUUCACCAUCCGGGCACGCGGUAUGCACGACAAACAGGACUUGACGCCGCUGUGUUUUCGAUGCUCUACGUCCACGCCACUGCUGCACAAUCUAGGCCGCAAGUGUCCUACAUGCCAGCAACCACUUGUGUACGACUUUACAACAUUCGAUCUUCUUCCACUGGUCGAGUUUGUCCUGGAAGCAGGCAUAAGCGACGAAGAAGCUCUCAGGCUUAUCCAGACGGAACCACCCAGGAAGAAAGAAGCUACUGAUGUUGGUGGACGUGACUUUGACGGCAUUGAGCGUUUAACCAUAAUGCCCGCAGAGGACCAUGGUACUGUCAAGGACAAGUUCAGCGCACGCAUGGCAGCAUACGAGGCCGAUGGGAUGGACUUUCAGUUCAUUGUGGCUGAUCGUGAGAUGCUGCGUAGCUUUGACCCACGCGAAGUUUUAAUCCGACGGUGGAAAGCACCAAGGUCUUGGCAGUACUACAAGGAUGUCGUCAAAGAACACAAUGUCACCCUCUGCCAGUAUUGUAACGAGUUCUUCAGCAUGGAUGAAUACUGUGUCAAUGUUCUGGAGAAGCAAUGCUGCCCGUAUUGCAGACAUACGGUCAAUGUCGAUGAGCCCGUACCAAUCACAAGAUACUAGAUUGCUGUCAGUGCUCAACAGUGGCUUUCCCUGUGUGCGUGUGUGUGUGCGCACGCGCGCGCACGUGUGUGUUUGUGUGUGUGUGUACAUCGGUGUGUGAGUGUUUUUAUAUGUAUGUGUGUGCGUAUGCGUGAUUAUCUCGCGGCUGCAUACACAUGUGGUAUUAAGUGAGUUGAUUUGAUUAUUGUCGGCGAGCAUUUCACAUCAUCAGUGUGAUUAAAUCUAUUCUUUUCCUGCGGGUGAGUGCUACACGUCCAUUCUGUGACAGACAUCACUUCAUCAGGCAGGCAAGUGUUCCAUGAUACCAUAGUAUGUCCAAUGAACAGGAGAUGUUAUUCGUGUGCCCUUCUAGUGAACAAGUGAUCUACGUCGUCUAUCCCAUACACCGUCAGCUAGAGCAUACUAUUAUUAUACUACAUACUUCAGUAUCUCGAUUUAUUUCCGUUGGUUUUCGGCCGUUGUUUCUAUCUUUCUCCUAAGUUAGGAUACAUUGUUACAGCUGGUAUGGCUGGCGAAAUGGGACUGUCAAAUGGCAAUCUGCCGAGAAUAACGCGCCGCUGACUGGUAUGCGGGCUAUUGUAUUGAAAUCAGAAGUGUCACUGCUGUGUUUUGUGUGGCCAGCCAACCAUACUCGUACUACUCCCUGUAGAUGUCAUGUGUUUUUAAAACGUUCCUCAGUUAUCUCUAUAAUUAUCAACUAUAUUUUCUAUAGACAGUAGAUGUGAGCCUGGGGUGUACAAUCAUGUAACUGUGUAGAGUAUAUCUGUAUGUUGAAGUAGUAGACUUGUGACAGGGCUAUGAUUGUGCGCAAAUACUGCUGUCCCACCAUGUAUGCCCUGUGUGUGUGUGUGUGUGUGUGUGUGUGUGUGUGUGUGUGUGUGUGUGUGUGUGUGUGUGUGUGUGUGUGUGUGUGUGUGUGUCGCUCGUUCCAUAUUGUCGGCCCCGCAAGGGGACACGUGACCGUAAUGGCAGUGAUUACCAGGGCCAGGACCAGGUGUGUGUGUGUGUGUGUGUGUGUGUGUGUGUGUGUGUGUUUGAUCUGCGCCUGGUGCUUAUGAAAGUGCUUUUCAGUAAAAAAUAUAAUAUACAAUGAA